UGGAGCGCGCAGCGCGGCGAUCAGCGGUCCGCUGUGUCCCUUGGACACAGCGGAUCACCGAUCCACAGAAAGAGCCGAAGAUCUGUCACUCUGACAGCUCGAGAGGAGAGGAGAGCCAGUAAUCAGCAUUCCGAGGAGGGGACAUGUACACUGAUCAUCAGAGCACUGAUGAUCAGUGUGCCCUGAUGAUCAGUGCAGCCCCAGCAGUGCCACCUGUCAGUCUCCAUCAGUGCCAGCUGUCAGUGCUCAUCAGUGCCACGUGCCAGUGCCCAUCAGUGCCACAUCAAUGCCACAUAUCAGUGCCUACCAGUGCACAUCAAUGCAACAUAUCAGGGCCCAUCUGAGCUGCCUUUCAGUGUCACCCAUCAGUGGAAGUCAGUGCCACCUAUCAAUGCUGCCAAUCAGUGCCACCUAUCAGUGCCGCCUAUCAGUGUGCAUCAGUGCCACCUAACAGUGCCAGUCAGUGCCACCUAACAGUGCC